AACUCAUCCAAUCAACCAACCAACUCGAUCAAGCACCAUGAAGCUCACAGCAAGAUCGCGAUUGUUGCUAGUGCUGGCACUAGCAAUCCUCUCCCUCUGCCUCUCCGUCUCCUCCGCGUCCGACUGGGAUACGGAGAGGGAAGAAAGGGGCGGCCAAUCUGCCGGACGGCAAGGAGAAGGAGAACAAGAACAAGGACGAUACUCGUCGUCCGGCCGGCCGUACCACUACGGCGAAGAGAGCUUCAAGUACAGGACAACCACGCGCCACGGGCGCUUCAGGGUCCUGGAGCGCUUCACCCACGAGCUCCUCAGGGACUCCCCCGUCGGCGACCGCCGCGUGGCCGUGCUGGAGGCGGCGCCGCGCGCGUUCCUGCAGCCAAGCCACUACGACGCCGACGAGGUGUUCUACGUCAGGGAAGGGGAAGGCGUGGUCGUGAUGCUGUGGAAGGGGAAGAGGCAGUCCUUCUGCGUCCGGGAAGGCGAUGUCAUGGUGAUCCCGGCCGGCGCCACCGUGUACUCCGCCAACACGCAUGAUUCCAGGUGGUUCCGUGUCGUGAUGCUGCUUAACCCCGUGUCCACGCCCGGGCGGUUCGGGGAGUUCUUCCCUGUUGGGUCAGGGGAACGGCAGGAGUCCUUCUUCGGUGCCUUCAGCGACGACAUCCUCCAGGCCUCCUUCAACGCUCGUAAGGAGGAAGUGGAGAAGGUGUUCGAGGAGAGUAGCGAGGGCGAGAUAACGCAGGCGCCGGAGGAGCAGAUACGGGCGCUGAGCAAGUCGUGCUCCAGCUCCAGGGGCAGCGGCAGCGGGUCGCGCUCCGAGCAGGACUUCAAGCCGACGAGCAUCGCCAGCAAGAAGCCGCGGUACUCGAACAACCACGGCAGGCUGUCGGAGAUCACCGGCGACGAGUGCCCCCACCUCCGCAGGCUCGACAUGGAAGUCGGCCUCGCCAACAUCACCCGCGGGUCGAUGAUGGCCAUGAGCUACAGCACCCGGGCGACCAAGAUCGCGGUGGUCGUGGAGGGGAACGGAUACUUCGAGAUGGCGUGCCCGCACAUGUCCGGCUCCUCCAGCCGCCGCUCCGAACGCCGCCGUGAGCGCGAGCAGGAGCACGGCAGCGAGCAGGAACGCCGUGAACGCCAGGAACGCGAGCACGAGCAGAGCAGCGAGGAAGAACGGCGCCGGGAGCGCGAGCAAGGGCAGCGCGAGGGCGGGCAGAAGUCGAGGGGGUACAGGCAGGUGGGGGCGAACAUCAAGGAGGGUUCAGUGAUCGUGCUCCCCGCGGCGCACCCGGCGACGUUCGUGGCGGGCGGCGAUGGGAACCUGGCCGUGCUGUGCUUCGGCGUCGGCGCGGAGCGCGACGAGAAGGUGUUUUUAACGGGGAAGAACAGCCCGCUGAGGCAGCUGGUGGAGGAAGACGAGGCGGCCAGGAAGCUCGUGUUCGGGGAACGGGCCCAGGAGGCGGAGAAGCUCGUCCGUGGGCAGUCCGACGACGUGUUCGUCCGUGGCCCGCGCCAGCGCCAGAGCGGCGUUGCCGACAUGUGAGCGGUCGGAGCGGCGGGCCUGGGUGCGUGACGGGAACUGUGUGUACUUGUGUUGAGGGAAUAAUAAGUGUAGCAGAGGAGAUGCUACGUGUACCGUGUACGUUUUGUACGUGACA